CUGAGAUUCCUUUUCUACCCUUUUUCUUUUUUUAGUUCUCAUCAAUUAAAAACUACUACUAGCUAGACUAGGCAUAUUUACACCUUGGAGACAUUCCCAUGAGCUUCAUUAUAUUCCUUCAUCUCAACACUAUUAUUCUCUUGGCCAACACCCUUUUGUUCAUCAGCAUCAAAGCUUCCGGGCAGGAGUUCAUCUGGGCGAUAAGAACACCAGCAGGGGAGAAGGAGGAAUGGAUGCCGGAAGGAUUCGAGGAGAGGACGAGAGGGAAGGGGAUGAUCAUAAGAGGGUGGGCCCCGCAAGUGCUGAUUCUCGACCAUGGAUCGGUGGGCGCGUUCGUGACACAUUGCGGGUGGAACUCGAUGCUGGAAGGGGUGUGUGCGGGCGUGCCCAUGGUCACCUGGCCGGUCUUCGCAGAGCAGUUCAUCAACGAGAAGCUGGUGACGGACAUUCUUCGGACGGGUGUAGGGAUGGGGUCCAAGGAGGGGAAGAGAUCAGGAAGUGACGGGGUGAAGAGAGAAGCGGUUGCGGAGGCGAUCAAGAAGGUGAUGGUCGGGGAGGAGUCGGGGGAGAUGAGGAGCAGAGCCAAGGCGCUGAAAGAGAAGGCGAGAGUGGCGGUCGAGGAAGCUCCGGGAAAUGGCCGCCGGGAUCGAAGCUUCCAGGAGUUCAUCUGGGCAAUAAGAACACCAGCAUGGGAGAAGGAGGAAUGGAUGCCGGAAGGAUUCAAGGAGAGGACACGAGGGAAAGGGCUAAUCAUAAGAGAGGGGGGCCCCGCAAGUGCUGAUUCUCAACCACGAAUCAAUGGGUGCAUUCGUGACACACUGCGGGUGGAACUCCAUGCUGGAAGGGGUGUGUGCCGGGGUGCCCAUGGUCACCUGGACGGUCUUCGCGAAGCAAUUCAUCAACGAGAAGCUGGUGACAGACCAAACGGGUGUGGGGGUGGGGUCCAAGGAGUGGAAGAGAUCAGGAAGUGACGGGGUGAAGAGAGAAGUGGUUGCGGAGGAGAUCAAGAAGGUGAUGGUUGGGGAGGCGUCAGAGGAGAUGAGGAGCCGAGCCAAGGCGUUGAAAGAGAAGGCAUUGGAAGGUUGGUCUUCUCACUCGGGUUUGAGUGAUUUGCUUGAUGAAUUGAGGACCUACCAUAAUGUUAAACUCUUCUAUUCUAGAAGCAUAUUAAAUUAAAGGCAAAUUC